CCUAUCGGUCUGCGUGUUGAACUCACUCGGGCGGAGUUUCUUCCAACUCCGAAAGCUUCCGAUAAUUUUCAGACAGAGCCGAAGGAAGCAGGAAACGGACCCCACAGAAAACACAAACGCAGCAUACGGUUGCUUUGCUCCAGGACUAAUAUCGUCGUUUUAUUUUUGUUUCGGGAGUUUUGAAACUUCGUCAUGGGAGCCUGCCUGGCGCUGUGUUCAGCGGUCAGCUGCGUGUCGUGUCUGUGUGGCUCAGCACCAUGCCUGCUGUGUGGAUGUUGCCCCUCCAGUAAUAACUCCACAGUGACUCGUCUCGUCUUCUCCUUCUUCCUGCUGCUGGGCACCAUCGUCUCUGUCAUCAUGAUCCUGCCUGGCAUGGAGACACAGCUCAAGAAGAUCCCUGGGUUCUGUGUGGGCGGCAGCUCCAUUCCUGGCGUUUCGAACCAUGUGAACUGUGACAUCGUCGUGGGGUACAAGUCUGUGUACCGCAUGUGCUUCGCCAUGGCCUGCUUCUUCUUCCUCUUCUCUCUCAUCAUGAUCCGCGUGCGCAGCAGCAAGGACCCGCGGGCCGGCCUGCAGAACGGGUUCUGGUUCUUCAAGUUCCUGGCUCUGGUUGGCAUCACUGUGGGAGCCUUCUUCAUUCCAGAUGGGACAUUCAACACAGUGUGGUUCUAUUUCGGAGUGGUUGGUGCCUUCAUCUUCAUCAUCAUCCAGCUGAUUCUGCUCAUCGACUUUGCGCACUCCUGGAACCAGGCCUGGGUUCAGAACGCAGAAGAGGGCAGCAAGUGCUGGUAUGCAGGCCUCCUCAUCUGCACCUUCCUGAACUAUGCUGCCUCCUUCGCCGCCCUGGUGUUGUUCUACCUGUACUACACCAAACCGGACGCCUGCCCUGAGAACAAGGCCUUCAUCAGCCUCAACUUCAUCUUCUGUGUGAUUGUCUCCAUCGUCUCCAUCCUCCCGCGAGUGCAGGAAGCCCAGCCUCACUCAGGGCUGCUACAGGCCUCUGUCAUCACUCUCUACACCAUGUAUGUGACCUGGUCCGCCAUGACCAACGAGCCAGAUCAGACCUGUAACCCCAGCCUGCUGGGGCUGAUCUCUAACAGCAGCUCCCUCUCUCCUUCCCCCGCCCCGGGGCAGGUGGUGCAGUGGUGGGAUGCGCAGAGCAUUGUGGGGCUCGUCAUCUUCCUCAUGUGCACCCUGUACGCCAGUAUCCGCUCGUCCAAUCACAGACAGGUGAAUAAGCUGAUGCUGACGGAGGAGGGGUCGGGGCCAGGCGGGGAGUCCUCGGAGGGGUUCCAUGAAGAGGGGCUGCGACGCCCGAUCGACAACGAAGAGGAGGCUGUGACCUACAGCUACUCCUUCUUCCACUUCUGCCUCGUCCUCUCCUCGCUCUACAUCAUGAUGACACUCACCAACUGGUACCAGCCUGACGCUGGGUACCAGGUGAUGACGAGUGCCUGGCCGGCGGUGUGGGUGAAGAUCUCGUCCAGCUGGCUCGGGCUGGCUCUGUACCUCUGGACUCUGGUGGCGCCGCUUGUCCUGCCCGACCGUGACUUCAACUGAGCGCCAGCAGGGGGAGCUGAGGGGGUUAGACACACAGCACUGGUCACAGGACACAUGUGCCAACGGCAUCAUUGGGGUCUCUUUCCCUCUCAGGCAGCGGCACUCUGACCGCUCUCUCUGUUCAUUCACAACCCAACUUCAACCAGGCCCUUAAUUGCUUAAUUGAUCAGCUAGGGAUCCAACAGCUGAACUCAGUUAAACAAGCCUGCUGGCCACUUCAGUCUGCGGUGUUUCUUUAAGGGUAUAUAAGGACCUUUUUAUUUUAUUGUGUUAUUAUUAUUAUUUUAUUAUUUGUUUAUUUAGUAGACGACUUUAUUCAAGGCGACUUAGAAACUAGGGUAUGUAAAUUAUGCAUCAGCUGCAGAGUCACUUACAAUUACGUCUCACCCGAAAGACGGAGCACAAGGAGGUUAAGUGACUUGCUCAGGGUCACACAAUGAGUCAGUGGUUGAGGUGGGAUUUGAACCGGGGACCUCCCAGUUACAAGGCCUUUUCUUUAACCUCUGGACCACACAUCCUCCUAGUGUUGCUACAACUGUUUGCGUAAGGUGUGUGUAUUGUUUUAAAUGUGUUUUUUUUUUGGUUUGUUUAUUCUUACAUUUUGACCACUUCUUUAAACUUUUUAAAUUGCAUUCCCUUCACAUGUGCAUGGACCUCUCAGAACUACAUUUCCCAUCACCCUCCUGCUCACUGGUAAAUCCAUCUCAGUUACAUAUGUGAGCAGGAGGAGGAUGUAAAAUGUAGUUCUGAGAGGUCCAUGCGGGUACAUGGGAAGCCAUCUUGAGGCAGAGAAUGCAAUUUCAAAGUUUAAAAAAAGUGAUCAAAAUGUAAAGAAAAUCUAAACAACACACACCUUACGUAAACAGCUGUAGCAACACAUGGGAACAUGUAACACAAUAAAAUAAAAAGGUCCUUAUGUACCCUUUAAGUUUAAGGAUGCUGCAGAAAGCAAGUUAACAGACCCUGAUCAGCACUAGCCUUGGACUUCCUUUCCUACAGUAACAUUCGCUAGUCCAAGAUUAGUGCUAAUCAGGGCUGUGAAACCAGCAAAGGUGUUGUAUGCAGUGACUGGAAGACUCAGUCACUGGUCCCCUUUUCUUAAACACAGUCUGCAGUAUAACCAGGGCGUCUGAUGAUCAGUGUUUUACCCGACUUUUCUACUCUCUUUAAAAAUUCAACUGAUGCCUGUUAAGCCAUUCGUGUAUCUCAAUCACACUGAGAAACACAUUCAUAGUAAAAUUGAUUUCAUUUAUGUGUUUUUUUAUGUGAAACUAAACAGCUUUUAAAUCAAGUCAAGAAAGUAACCCUUUCUGAAAUAGUGUAUGCAUACACAGAAUAUUUUGGGGUGUCAUUAUUCUAGGAAUGGUUUGAUUUUCAGUAACGUUGCGUAUCCUCUUAUUGCUUCUGCGCAAUGUUACUGUUAUUUGGGAAUACACUGUUUUUGGUUUUGGUUUAUUGAUUUUAAAAAAUGAAAUAAAGAAACCUGUGUUUUUUAAAUGUGAAGGUAAAGUAAGUUUUCAAUGUAGUGUUCCUGUUAUUUUUUUCACCUUGUCUGAUUUACUGUUUUUAUAGGAAAGCCAGUGCUGUAAUGACACGGUAGCCAUGGUAACUCUACGCCUGUUCUUGUUACUCACUGUAUUGUCUUGUAAUCUUAAUUGAGGGUUUGGUUUUUGUUCGAUUUUUAUUAUUAGAGUAAUUCUGAUCGUACCACUUCUUGUGCCUUUUUGUAUGGCUUAAAGGGAAAGCUCUAAUCGCGUUGUUUAAACCCAGUGUAUAAGGUUUGAAUCGUGAUGUGUCUGCUCUGUAUGUUCACUGUAUGAAGAACUACAUUCACUGCUGUCUGCUAAUAGUACCUCACAGUAGAGGGGCUCCACUCAGACUCAGCCUUCUAUAUACUGGCAGUUUGUGUUUUAUAAAUAAACAUGUUCUAUCCA